AUGAAUGCUUCGACUCCAUGUUUCAUAAGUGGGUUAGGUGCUGUUACCCGCAACAGAUAUCACUUGAGCGCCUUUAUACAAUAUUUUUCGCAUGAAGUUGACCAAUUUAGAUUACCGGUUUCCAUCAUUAAGCAGCAGGUCUUCGUGGCUGUGGGAUCCACUCCGUUUGCUGUCCAUCACAAAAAUGUGUGCAACUGUAAUACUAAGCUGACAGUAGUUCAUCACGUUACUGUGAUUACUUUGCGUUUUGAGUUUUUAAAGAUGACCAUCAAGAGUGCCUGGUGCCUCUUAACAAUCGAAUGGGGUUCGUACGAGACCUUCAGCUGUCCUUACUACCCUGUGAGACUUCGAAGUGAUUGUAGAUUGUUUUAUUUGGUCACAUAUUUGUCUGGGACGUCACUUGGAUUGCUGUUGUGGUUCGCUGCUAAUGUGUUUUAUUAUUUAACCAUUUUAGGCCGAGUCGGUACAGCAGUCGCUCUUCGUGCACAAGCUUUUGGAUUCCAAAUAAUAUUCUUCGACCCUUAUCUACCUGACGGCAUUGAACGAUCUUUGGGUAUCGAGCGGGUUUACAGUUUGCAAGAUUUGCUCUUUCAGAGUGAUUGCGUUACUUUGCAUUGCUCUCUCAACGAACAGAAUCGCCACAUGAUCAAUGACAAAUCUCCUCUUUUUGCACCACUAGGCGCCUUUUUGAUCAACACUGCUCGUGGUGGUCUGAUCGAUGAAGUUGCUCUCGCCACUGCCCUGAAGGAUGGGCGAAUUCGUGCUGCCGCGUUGGACGUAUCUGAAAACGAGCCGUUUGUCUUGAAUAACAGUCCAUUGAAGGGUGCACCCAAUCUGAUUGUAACACCACACAUGGCUUUCUAUAGCGAAUCUAGCAUGCGUGAGAUGCGCGAAGCAGCAGCCAACGAAAUUCGGCGUGCUAUCCUCAAUCGCAUUCCGGACUGUUUGCGAAAUUGUGUAAACAAAGAAUUCCUCACUGGAUCCAACUCAAUCUCGGGCGGGCAUAACAUGACCAAUAACUCCAUUCCCAACAAUAUUGGAAAUAACGUCUUGGCUAAUAGCAGUCAUCUGUCUCUAGCAGCAGGUCUACCUGGCGUCAAUGUGCUGAAUAGUAAUAACAACAAUACAGGACCUUCCGGACUCCCACCUGGUGUUGCUCGUGGACUGCAUCCAGCUGCAGCAGCUGCUGCCCUUAGUCUCUCAGCUGGACUGUUUUCUUCUGCUGCUGGAGGCACAAGUCUAGGCCUUGGUGGAGGAAGCAGCCUUCCGUUCCCCGCUGGACUGUUGGGUGGUGCUGGUACAAGCCUCGCCCCGGCGUCUGUCGGUAGUGGUGGUGGUAUUUUGACCAACAGCGGCGGCCCUACCAGUAUUCCAGCUCUACCUCCAGCUCCGCCUGGAGCUACUGCAGCAGCGGCUGCGGCUGCGGCUCAUCUGGCUGCAGGUUUGCCACCUGUCUCAGCUUAUGCGAACUUCUUCCCACCAAACCUCGCUGGUCUCGGUUUACCACUACCCCCGCCUCCGCCACCACACGCACCCUCCUCAAUGUCGGGCGUAACAACAUCAGCUAAUUCUUCAUCUUCUGUGACGGGCAGUACUAAUAAUGCCACAAGUACCCUAAGCGGCCAGACGGUGAGCUCCCCUGCUCCAGUCACUAGCGGUCUAGGAGGUAGUGGCAGUGUCUCCAAUCCCAGCUUCGACAGUAUGCAGGCGAGUUUCGCAGCCGCUGCAAGUCUUGUCGCUUCAGGCCUGAACCCCAGGUGA